UUAAAAUGGAGUAGAGUCCAGGGGUACGAAUUCAACCGAAUUAGGUUCAGCAGCUGUAUUUUCAUCUUUACGUGUUUUUGAAAUUAACGGGGUUUGACUAAUUAGAAAAUUAGUAACUAUAGCACAAUGUCAGAAGAAAAGAAGUCCGGUUCUUUGGGUUUCUUUUCGAGCUACGACGAUUUGAGCGACAGUAGCGACUCAGACGAAGAGGGAGACGGUCGGAAGAAGAAACCGGUGACAGACGCUCCGGGAAGCGGAGCCGAGUCCUCCCAACACGGGACCAAACGAGGGGCCGGUGGAGCUCCUUUACCCAAACCUGAUGACCUCUUCAGCUCCGUGUCCAAGCCUGCUUUUCUCUACAACCCACUGAAUAAGCAGAUAGACUGGGAGAGUCUGACGGUCAAAGCUCCUGAAGAGCCUGCCAGAGAGUUUAAGCCAUGGAAGACAAAUGCUGUGCCCCCUCCUGAGAGCUACACUGCAGAGCCAGAGAAGAAGAAGGGACCUCCUCCAGGUAUGGACAUGGCUAUAAAAUGGUCCAAUGUGUAUGAGGACAAUGGGGAAGACGCGCCGCAGCCUUACACUGGCAACGCCCAAUUCCUACCUGCAGAGGAGCAACCGUCAGACUCAGAUGAGGAUUCAGACAAAGGAUCCCUCUCUGCCAAGAAACGUCGAGUGGAGACCUUCCAACAGAAGGAGAAGAGGAAGAGGGACAUGGGACAAGCCACCUCUGACAAGAACUUCGUAGAAGAAGAAAAAAGGAUCCUCAGGCAAAAGAUCGAGUGAGGCCUGAGCUGCCUGCAACAAGGCAUCGGUGUCUAAUUUAAACAUUUUAUUUCAGCAGGUAACGUCCAGCGACAUUAGCACAGUGGUGAAGUAGGUGGUUUGCUACAAAGAUGCGCAACCAUUUUACCUAUAUGUUGACAUACCGUAAUUUGCAAUAUUGUAGUAUAUGUUCUGUUUUCAAAUGACUGUCAGCACAAUUGAAAGACAAGCUUUAUAUAAAUGGGAUAUCAGGCCAAGAGUAUAUCACAGUCUCAGUGCAAAAAUUGCAACCUAAGAUCUUAGAUUCUGGCAAAUCCCUGCUGGCUAAUGCCCCAUGUUGAAGGAAAAUUCUGUUGUUUUACAGUCUAGCUCGUAUUUCCAUAGUUUUGACCAUCAACCCUUUUAUUUUUCACUAAUUUCUUGCUCUCUUCCGUAGAGACUGCGAUGAGGAAUAUCACUUGGUACAGUUUUACAUUGUGCAGAGAGCACUGGGCAUUAUCAAACAAGUGAUCAGACAGAUUAGGUCCCAGUUUGCCAUCACCUUUGUUUUAAUUCAGAAUAUGUAGUUUACAACUGGGUGAAAUGGGACAUUGAAUUGUUGUAAAACGCUGCAGUUUUCCUUUAAAUGAGGGUUUAGCCAUCCUGCUGUGACACAUUAAAUAUUAAGUGUGGUCAUUUGGCUUUGUCUCUUUUUUAUUUAAUUACUUAAAAAGCAAUGACGUUUUGCUGUGGUGGUUUUCUUGGUCUGUGUUUGUGGUUUGUCUUGUAUUAUCCUAAUUAUCUAUUCACCACUGAACUAUGACUGUGCUUGUGUUAAUACAGUGACUUUCCUUUAAAAAUGUGAUUAAAAUUACUGUAAAUAAGUUUGAAAUAGUCCUUUUUCACAGCAGACAUUUUGACUUGUGGC